AUGCUGGCUCGUUCGCUUCUUCGUGCUGCGCCCGCGCGGGCCACCGCACGCCAGACCCUUCGUCAGAACUCGCGUGCCUCGUCCACAUCCUCCGGUGCUGAGAACGCGAGCUCUCCGUUCUAUCUGACUGCGACCGCUACCGUUGCAACCGCUGCCACCAUCGCAACCACCGCGUGGUACUACCACUUGUACGGCCAGCAGGCGUUUGCCAUGACACCUGCUGAGGAGGGAUUGCACCCAUCUAAGUACCCAUGGGAACACGCCAAAUGGAACAAGACCUUCGACCACCAAGCUCUCCGCCGUGGUUUCCAGGUCUACCGUGAAGUCUGCGCCAGCUGCCACUCCCUUACCCGUGUGCCAUGGCGUGACUUUGUCGGUGUUAUGCACACCGUCGACGAAAUGAAGGCCAUGGCCGAGGAACAAGAAUACGACACAGAGCCCAACGACGAGGGCGAAAUCGAGAAGCGUCCCGGAAAGCUUUCUGACUACAUGCCCGCUCCCUACAAGAACGACGAGGCCGCUCGUGCUGCCAACAACGGUGCUCUUCCUCCCGAUCUGAGUUUGAUUGUCAAGGCUCGUCACGGUGGCUGCGACUACAUCUUCUCUCUUCUUACCGGCUACCCUGAUGAGCCCCCUGCUGGUGCUUCUGUCCAGGAGGGCUUGAACUUCAACCCUUACUUCCCUGGUACCGGUAUUGCUAUGGCUCGUGUCCUCUUUGACGGCUUGGUCGAAUACGAAGACGGCACCCCCGCCACCACCUCCCAAAUGGCCAAGGACGUUGUCGAAUUCUUGAACUGGGCCGCCGAGCCCGAGAUGGACGAGCGUAAGAAGAUGGGUAUGAAGGCUCUCGCUCUUUCUGCCGGUUUGUUCGCCAUCAGCGUGUGGGUCAAGCGAUACAAGUGGGCUGCCAUCAAGGCCAGAAAGAUUGUCUACAACCCGCCCGUGCGACGUUAA